GAAGAAGUUGUUCAGGUAACGCUUUAAACUACAGUACCCAUGAAGCACAGGGAACCACAACAAACGUGCUAAUACCAAACAUUUCACUCAAUGAUGCCGGCAUUUUAAUUCUUGCUGCGACAUGAGGUGUUGUUUCCUGUAGCCAACUAUGGCACCAGGGGAUGUGGUGCCAGACCAUGCCAAGCAUCUGAAGUCCAAGGAGAAGCGACCUGGAAACAGGGCAUCGAAAGACUGUGAGCCUGAUGGGUCCUUUGUGUUUGAAGCUCAUGAGGCUUGGAAGGACUUUCAUAACUCCCUCAGGCAUUUCUAUGAAGUAGGAGAGCUCUGUGAUGUCACGCUGAAGGUUGGCAGUAGGUUGAUACCAUGUCACAAGCUAGUGCUGGCUUGCGUGAUCCCUUACUUCAGGGCCAUGUUCCUGUCAGACAUGUCUGAGGCUAAGCAGGAACUGAUAGAGAUCAAGGACUUUGAUGGUGAUGCCAUCCAGGACCUGGUGCAUUUUGCCUACUCCUCCAAGCUCACAUUAACUGUGGACAAUGUGCAGCCACUGCUUUAUGCUGCCUGCAUCCUUCAGGUGGAGUUGGUGGCGAGAGCCUGCUGUGAGUACAUGAAGGCCCAUUUUCACCCCACCAACUGCCUGGCGGUUCGUACCUUUGCCGAAAGCCACAAUCGCGUGGACCUGAUGGACAUGGCCGACCGCUAUGCCUGCGAACACUUCACUGAGGUAGUGGAGUGUGAGGACUUUACAUGCGUGUCCCCCCAGCACUUGCGCACUUUAUUGUCCUCCAGUGAGCUCAACAUCCACUCAGAGACACAGGUGUACAAUGCAGCAGUGAAGUGGCUGAAAGCAAACCCACAGCACCAUGAGGCCUGGCUGGACCAGAUCAUGUCUCAGGUGCGCCUCCCCCUGCUCCCUGUAGAGUUCCUGACUGGAACAGUGGCCAAGGAAGAGAUGAUCAAAGGUAACCUGAGUUGCCGCGACCUGAUGGAUGAAGCCAGGAACUACCAUCUGCACCUCAGCAACAAGGUGGUGCUGGACUUUGAAUACUCAAUCCGUACAAUACCCCGGAAACACACUGCAGGGGUUUUGUUCUGCGUGGGAGGCCGGGGGGGUUCUGGUGACCCAUUUCGCAGCAUCGAGUGCUACUCAAUCACUAAGAACAGCUGGUUCUUUGGUCCUGAAAUGAACAGCAGACGGCGGCACGUGGGUGUAAUAUCUGUAGGAGGUAAGGUUUAUGCUGUUGGGGGCCAUGAUGGUAAUGAACAUUUAGGCAACAUGGAGAUGUUUGACCCCCUCACCAACAAGUGGAUGAUGAAAGCCUCCAUGAACACCAAGAGGAGGGGUAUAGCCCUGGCAGCUCUUGGUGGUCCUAUCUAUGCCAUCGGAGGUCUGGAUGACAGCUCCUGCUUCAACGACGUGGAGCGUUACGACAUCGAAAGUGACUGCUGGAGUGCUGUGGCUCCAAUGAACACGCCCAGAGGAGGAGUGGGAUCUGUGGCGUUGGGGAGUUUCGUGUACGCAGUGGGAGGCAACGAUGGCGUGGCGUCGCUGUCCAGCGUGGAGCGGUUUAACCCACACCUCAACAAGUGGACGGAGGUCAGCGAGAUGGGACAGCGGCGGGCUGGAAAUGGAGUCAGCAAACUCAAUGGCUGCCUCUAUGUCGUGGGUGGUUUUGAUGACAAUUCACCCCUGAGCUCCGUAGAGCGCUUUGACCCACGAAUGCACCGCUGGGAGUAUGUGUCCGAGCUGACCACCCCCCGCGGGGGAGUCGGGGUUGCCACUGUGAUGGGAAGAGUGUUCGCAGUCGGGGGUCACAAUGGGAACAUCUACCUGAACACAGUGGAGGCUUUUGAGCCUCGAAUGAACAGAUGGGAGCUGGUGGGCUCAGUGUCUCACUGCCGUGCCGGCGCCGGCGUGGCCGUCUGUUCGUCUCACGUCAGCCAGAUCAGGGACGUCGGCCAGGGCUCCAGCAACGUGGCCAACUGCAUGUGACCGCCAACCCCACUUAUUACCAGGUGACUGACUGCCAGGCCACCAUCAGAUCUGAUCACUGCACAAGCACACGACACAAAGCACAAAACGGUGACGGAGUGAUUUCACCCAGCAACUUUAUCACUGUCGCCAAGUCUGAACACCAGCCUAAAACACACUGAGGCUGAUGUUCGACUUGCACACAGUGAUUGAGAAAUAUUAGGGAGGUUUUACUGACUUGAAGUGCACAUCUGACAAAUCUGAAGUCUUCUCUGACAAAAUGACACGUUCAAGACUUGUUUCUUGACUCCUGCUGGUGUUAUUUGCGGUCAGUGAUGUAGUAUUUUGUACUGUAUUUUUUUUCUGUUCGACUGGCUUGCCAUAGUUUUGAGUUUUUAAAGGGAAAAUAGUAGCUGAGCCUUGUAUUUAAAGCAAGCGUCUUGAGACUGAGAGAUGAGUUUUGGUUCAGAACUGUAGGUUAACUGCACUCUAUGAACGGGGACUUUAUAGUGGGCCACUAUGAAAGCGUCUCAAAGGUCUCCUCUUUAGACUGUCUCUGGUUUACUCUUUAGCUCUGCAGUUGUUUUCAUAAUCCAGAGAGAUGUGAUGAUAGUGGAUUCAGCACCUUGUUUGCAGUGCAGCAUUUCAAUCUGAAAUACGAUAUUAAGAUGUCAAGUACAUUUCUAAGAUUCCUCUGAUCAUGCCAGGUUCAGUGAAGGAGUCUGUUAGACAGGGGUGGGCCAUAUGACCUAAAAUUUAAACCAUGUUUUUUCAUAUUUCAUUUCAAAGUUAGACGAGGGAUUAUUUAGCAGUAAACCCAAAGUAUAUUAUAUUAAGUACAACAGUCCGAGUACCCCAGGGCCUUUCUAUCAGGUACAUUCACAUACGGCAGCAACAGACACACAAACCGACGCAGCAGAGGGGGCUUUCCUGUAACAAUAAAACCAGCUGAACUUGUGUUGCAGUGUGAAGUGUGGAGAUAACGUUACAUCUGGCUUUGUGAGACGACACAAAAAGCAACAUGAAAAAACAGUUUCCCACAUCUAUCCUACUGCUCUGGUUAUUGAAGUGGCUUCAAAUGAGGCUUCAGGUUCAGUUUCUCUUAACUUUCCCUCGGUAUUAAAUACGCUAGUGUUGCUCCAGUGUGUGGGUCUACAAUAGAUGCUGGAAUAGCUGUGGAACAGGCUCACCAGUAAAAUAAGCAGUUACAUAAAAAUAGCAAAACUUACAGGUUCUGAGUUUGACGUCAGUAUCGAUCCAUCUUUGAGCUUCAGGUUUGAAGAGAAUCCUGCUCUGCCCUCAAAGCAGCCUGAAGUUCAAUGAUUAGCACACACAUAACGUUAAAACUCAAAGCCUGAGAGUUUUUCCCAGUUGCUGUUGUGGGGACAUUUCCACCAAGUUAAUCCACUGGGUCUUCACUUCCUCGGGUGGUGGGAGUAGAUGAAGACUUUUGUGUUGGUUCUUGCAGCCAACAGCAGAAAAGUUGGUGUAUGUUGUUUGUAAUGACACCUUCACAUCUUCAUGUUACUGGCAUUAUAGCAAAGAAAAAAAGUAGUUAGUGGAUGUAUCUCCAGUUCUAUGAGUACAUGCGUAGCCCUCUACCUGCAUGCUUUGACAGCUCAGUUAAUUAAUUUAAUAUGAGAAAACAUUUAUGGUGAUAUUGCAUAACCGAUGUCAUGGCAGACCGUGACACCGGCACGCGCCCACCCCCUCUGUUUGAGCACAUUUUGAAGCUGCUUUUCAGAGUUCUUCUGUCAGCAUUUCAUCAGUAAGCUGCAUCGUGUGUGUGAACAAUCAUUUUAAGGCCGACCGGGACAAAUCAGUCACUGGUCAGGAAGUGACAGAAGAAUUUAACCGCUGCAAGUGCCAAACACAAAAACAUGUGCAUCAGGCAGCGCAAAUCCAGUUCAACCGCCUGCCGAAUACUGAGUCGCCACCUUUACCUCGUCCUCAGACCUGAGAGAGGUUUGAUAGCUAUAGACCCGAGAGUCGAGGAGUGAUCAGAGCAAUACGAUGCGCCUCGCCAGUCCAGUUUUCAGUUUUACAUUGUUGUACAGAGAUCUGUUCAAACUGUCAGGGACAGAUUUUAAAAAUUCAAGAUUUGUGUUUGACGAUAGCUGGACUGUCAGAAAUCCUAAUCAGAGUGCUUUCAGAUGUGUACGAGACUCAGCUGAGGUUUGUCUCUGCAGAUGGUGACGUUAUAUUUUAAUAUAUAGACAUUUUGUAUAAUAAGAUAGGUGUACCUUUGGUAUUAUUCUUUACUACACUAUCUAAUCUAUUGCUGUGCACUAUUUUCCUAGAAUAGAUGUGAAGUCUGAGUAUAUUUUUGUCCUAAAUGGAGAAUUUCUUGUUAUUCAUGUUUGAAGAUGUUUAUUUAACACUCCUAUUUCUGCCUGUUUCUGCUCUGUCCAAGAAAAAUCAAAUCAUUUCUGGCAACAGUUUUGUUUUUCAGAAUAGGCUGACAGAGUUUAAAAUACAGUUUAUACUGGAAAAUAUACAUAUUAUUGUGUAGUUUGUGUCCUGCCGGUGUUCAUACAAGUGCAUAUUAUCAACAAUAGAUUAUCAAUAUUGUUGCUGGCUUUGAGCCAGGUACUGAGUCUUUUGUAAACUUUACGGUACUUUGUGUUCUUCCUCCUCUUGACUGCUUCCAUCUUUUGCUUUUUGUUUACAUGCUAUUGGUAUAAAUUGAUAUAAUAAAGUUAUGUGUAAAGUUCA